AUGCAGUCUACAGCAUUCUCGACCGCGGUCGGAGGAACAACCUUCAAACAGAUUCUUGAGUCUCCGGACAUCACCAAAGUCUUUUACGAUGUUCGCAAUGAUUCUGACGCCUUGUUUCAUCACUUCCAAGUGAAGCUGAGCGGCAUCGAAGACGUGCAGCUGAUGGAGAACGCAGCUCGUCCGCGCGGGCAACGGCGAUAUCUGAAUGGAUUGGAUAAGUGUAUCGGAUUGUACGCACCUUUGUCAGCUGAGGAGAAGGCUCGCUGGAAAGCCGCCAAAGAAGCCGGGCUCAAUCUGUUCCAUCCUAGCAGAGGAGGAUCAUACGAAGUCUUCAACUCGCGACCGAUGUCUACACCCAUCGGAUUUACUGCAUCAACGACGUGCGAUAUCUGCCCCACUUGA